AUGACACCAAACGAUGCCCAGGGCGCUGGGCCAGCUGGAAAGACAUCUGAUGGCCCUCACAUUCCAAAAUUUUGCAAGGCCGGAGUGAUGACAAAGGAGGGACCUGAUUUCAAGGUUGAAGUGCUGACUGUCCCUACUCCCGAACCUGGACCGACUGAGCUCCUCAUCCGCCUAAACUGCACCGGAAUAUGCCGUUCCGACAUUGGCUUCAUGCGGACCGACUUUGGCCACAAGCUGAGCAGCUUCGGUGUGCAGUCCCCGGGCCACGAAGGCGCCGGGGUCGUCGUCAAAGUCGGCGAGCUCGUCAAGGACUGGAAGGUAGGUGACAGGGCAGGCAUCAAGCCCAUGUGGUCGACCUGCCAGAACUGCCAGCUGUGCUGGACCGACAAGGAGGCAUACUGUCCAACGAGGCUGAACUCGGGCAUGCGAGUGACCGGCUCCUACCAGCAGUACAUCACAUCCCCAGCCCAUUACACCCAGCCCAUACCCGACGGCGUCCCGGACCACGUGGCAGGACCGCUCAUGUGCUCUGCCUCCACCAUCUACCGCUCCAUUCGAGAGUCGAAGCUGCAGCAUGGCCAAUGGGCUCUGUUUCCAGGCGGAGGCGGCGGUGUCGGUCUUCAAGGGGUCCAGAUCUGUGCCGCCCUCGGCUUGAGACCUAUCGUCAUCGACACAGGCGCGGAUAAGAGAGCGAUCUGCAUGGAGUUGGGCGCCGAGGCCUUCAUCGACUUCAAGGAGGUCGAGGAUGUGGCUGCCGAGGUAGUGGCUAUCGCAGAUGGAAUUGGCGCCCAUGGUGUCUUCGUGACAGCGCCGUCCGCAUAUUCCUAUGCCGUUGCAUGCAUCGGGACCCGCGUCGGAGGCUGUAUAUUGGCAGUCGGCCUACCACCCUUUGAUAGCCCCAUGAUCGUUGGGGCGACUCCUCGGCAGUUCAUUUACCAGAAUUUGAUGAUCAAGGGAACAUUGACAGCUUCUCGCCGCGACUUUGCCGACGUUUUAGAUCUGGCAAAGAGGGGCAAACUCAAGUCCAUCACUACUGAGGUCUUCCCCAUAGAUCGUCUACCAGAGGCAGUAGAAAAGGUUGCUCGCUUGUCAAUCUUGAGCACUCGCGACUGCGACAAAGGAUUCAUCAUGACCUUCCUCCACUGGAUCUGUGAAGCAUGCCUUCAGAAAAGACGUAAGAAUCCAGAGAAAAAGACCGUGAGCCAAUACUGGCGUGACUUUAAAAUGCUCUACCUCCGGUGCAAAAAGGGCCAGGUGGUCAACCCAACUCAUUGCGAGGAGAUCAGAAAGAAUAUCAAUACCGAAGUCAAGGAAAGUUCAAUCUAG